AUUACUCUCACCACUACGAGUACGAUCUGACAACGACGUGGACCCCUAGGAUCACGAUGGCAGAAGAUGAGUACAAGGACUACCUUGCUGCGAGGGUGCUCACAGAGAAUAAGCCUGUGACGUACCGCUUGCUCAGCCGAGCUCUCAAAGUCAAUGUCAAUGUGGCCAAAUGGAUGCUCUUCGACUUCCAACAGAAGCAGAAUGCGAAGAAGCCAAACUCUGUCCACGCGACAUACCUCAUUUCGGGUACGAAGCGAAGAACCCAGCACACCAAUGGUGUCAACGACCGAGACGGCAUGGAUACUGCAAUGCGUAGCUCGCCAUUCAUGAGCUCCAUGCCAGAAGCAGAGGAGCGCACCGAAGAGCCCGUCAAAACAACAACGAUAGCGCUGGUACGGGAGGAGGAGCUGGAGAAAACCCGUGGAGAGUUCCAAAAGGAGGCGUCGAUCCAUAUAUACAGCCUAGAGCCUGGUCCAAUCGAGAACCUGAACGUGCUGUCAUCAUGUAAUCAUGAGAUGGCCAUAGAUCAUGCAGACCCUAUGGAACAAUGGCGGACGUAUGGGUCGAUCCACAAUCCGUACAUAAAGCGAAGGACUGCUAAGUACACCCCACUUACUUCCAGCCUUAACUCGAAUGCCAUAGCCAAGCACGUCGCCACGCCUCCUGUAAAACCUGAUGCCAUGGCUCAGGCGAAAGAGAGUGAAAAGCCGGUCCUUUCACGUAAAGGCAGCGGAGUAGAGAACACCUCUGGUCGAUCAACGCCUCAGCCUGCUGCGAGCACAAGCACUCUUAAGAGGUCGGAUUCGAAAUCUGGUAUCAAGAAGGAUAAGACAGCAGGGGAUAUUUUCAAGUCUUUUGCGAAGUCCAAAUCGAAACCGAAGGAAGCCGAGAAGCCGCAAGAGUCUGCCUCUGCACCAAUCGAGGAUGCUAUGCAGGGCAUGUCUGAGGAUGAUGGAGAUGCAGACGACGAGCCAGAGGUCAAGGUCGACGAGGAAAAGAAUGAAGCAGCCCGCAAAGUCCGAGAAGAGCGAACAGAGCGACUGCGAAAAAUGAUGGAGGACGACGAUGAAGAUAUGCCCGAUGCACCGACAGGAACCGAGUUACAAGCGGAAGCUACUACAUUAGGAACUCCCGACGCCAUAGAGCCAGCUGAGGGCGAAUCUAUAGUCACCAUCCAAAAUGGUCGAAGACGCGGCCGAAGAAGAGUAAUGAAGAAGAAGAAGGUCAAGGAUGAGGACGGCUAUCUUGUCACCAAGGAAGAGGCUACGUGGGAGUCCUUUUCAGAAGACGAACCAGAGCCCAAGAAGCUGAAGCCUGCACCCACCAAACAAGCGAGUACAGCUAAAGGAAAGGCUGCGGGUAAGAAGGGACAGGGCAGUAUUGCAAGCUUCUUCAAGAAGGCUUGAUACCAGAUGAGCAACAGCAUUACAUACGUCUUAACACCAUGCGAAUUGAGCUGAAGCUUACGAUACACCAACCUCAAAAUUCAAGACUGUUCUUAGUCCAUAAUUAUUGCUUGCGAUGCAUAUCGGUGUACAGCAAACACCAACUCCUACUUGAGCUAUCCAUC